AUGCCACCCCCCCGAACCCCACAAGACUACACCCUCCGCGUGACAGCCGGUCCAACCUACGACCUCUCCACCCAUGUCGAAAUUCCCAUCAACUCCCCUCACCUAACCCACAUAUCUUCUCCUUCUUCUUCAACCACGGAAGCAGGGAUGGACAUCGACCUCACCGUGCGCAUCCAAAACUUUCACCGCGGCUUACCUAGGAAUUCCCCUUCUACUUCCCCCUAUUUCGACCGGGAACCGCAUAGGUAUAAUAGGGAUCAGUAUAGUAUCGGGUUGAGAUUUAGGCCGCGGCGGCCGGGGACGUCGACUGAACCUGCUAAGGGGGAUGGGAACGAAAAAGAAAAAGGAAUCCCAGCAACAGACCUCCAAUUCGGCAACGACUUUGACCAUCCGAUCCGUAACUACCUCCCACCGGGCGUCAACACGGCAAUGAACAUCCUCAAGUGGUGGAUCGACCCAGGACUAGAAGGGGAUGCGUAUGCGGACCAGCCGUAUUUGUAUGGGCCGGCGCUGUCGAGUUUUAAUGCUGUUAGGGUGGGCAGGGGGGAGGAAGAUGAGAGUAAGGGGGGGUUGUGGGUGGAGGAGGGGGCGAAAUCGGGUAAACAGUGGAGAGAAGAGGUGCUUCAAGGCUCGGGAGUCGGGAACGAUCCCAAGAAACGCCAAAAGUGGGCGUUGAAGGAGGACGCCAAAAAGAAGUGGGUGUGGGAGUAUGGACGCACGUACGCGGUGGAUUUCUAUAAUCCGUAUAUCGAUUUCGGCAAGUGCGAGCUCAAGUUACCGGGUUUUGGGGUUAAUGUGUUGAGGUAUUGGGAUGGGGAGACUGGGUUGAGAUACUGUUUGCCUCUAGGUAUGCAUGCUUACACUAACAAUAAAAGAUACGUCCUCCGUAACCGCCUCACCAAAAAACCCUACCUCGUCAUCCUCUUCACCCUCUACCCGAACGACAUGAUCAACGAAGACGGCACGCUCAAGCCUGAGGCGUUGAAAGCAACUGCUAGGGCUAGUGGUGGUGGGAAAGAUGAGCAGGUGAAUUAUGCAGAGAAAGGGGCCGUGAAUGGAGGCGACAAGUUUGACGCGGACAAGGCAGUUGAAGAGGCCAAGAACAAGUUGGAGGGUGUUGCCUUGGGUGAGGGUGAGGGUCCAAAGAGAGGUGGAGGUGUUGGCGCGGCUACCGGUGGGGAUGAUGAUGUUGAUUGAGUUCAGGUUGGUGGAUAGCCAUGUCCGUCGGUGGGGGGAACCAGGAGUUGGAGUCUGAGU